CGACCUAAGCUAAACCUAAAACCUAGAAAGAUUGUCAGAAUCUGGACGGUAUAAAACAUCGAGAAACCCGCCGCCCUGUCCUCGCCCAAAUCCCACCGACCACCCAGAGCGCCGCCACUCCCACAGUACCGCUGAAAUGCCGAAGUCGCGAAAGCGGAAGGCCACCGUGCCGGCGGCGCCGCCGCCGCCGCGCCGCCCACGGCCCCGAAUGGAGUACCGCGCGCGGUCCGACGAGGCGUGGUACGGCGCGCGCGUGGUUGUGCAGGAUGGCUGGCUCCGCGUCAUGUUCGAGAAUUCCACCGAGGAUGCAGACGAGUGGUACAAUCCAGGGGCUGACUUCGCAUCCCUGGGCGACGUCGAGGCGCUCCGCGCCAGGUUCCGCCGGGAAUGCCCGCCCCUCGACCACGCCCGCUGCGGGGAUGUCCGCCCGGGCGACAAACUCUGCCUCGCCUGCGAUAUCCACGGCGACGUCGAGGAGCUCAAGUACUACGACGCCGUCCUCGAAACCGUAGAGAGGGCAGCGCACGGCGUGGAGCAGUGCGCGUGCCGUUUCACGGUCCGCUGGACGGAGGGGCCGCGCAGUGGUUGCUUGGACAAGGUCGGCAUCGAGGUGGUCUGCUGCGUGCCGAAGUCACCGAUCCAAGAUCCGGUGCUGAGCGAGUUCCUGGACGACCUGACAAAGAGGUUCGCCGAGGACCAAGGGACGGCAACGGCAGCGUCUCAGCAGGCAGACCCGACCCCGAUGAGCGAGGAGGAAUUGUGCGGGGUACUUCUUUCAUUGAAGAGGGCACCAAAUAGUUCGACCGGAAAACCGUGAAGAGGAGGUAUGUUACCGCAUAGGUUGAUAUCUCUGUCUGCUCAAUAAGAGAAAGUGUCCAAGGAAAACUCAGUUUCAUUGAAACAUGGAAACCGAAACUUGCGCCUUUGGAUCACAAACCUUUGGUCGAGAUUAGUCUACAUAUUUACCAGAUUAUGCAACCUGCUUCUCGGUGGGCAUUGUGCACACAAAUCCUUUUUAUUUGUACCUAUACUGAAAUGAAUCCAUUAAAGUUAGCAUUGCAUGUUUGGAGUUUCGGACCUGUACUCCAUGCCUUUGCUGUUUUCAAAUUUAAUUCCAGUAAA